AUGCAAGAUGAAACACAAAUUAGUCUUGAAAUAGGUUUUACUCAACAGCUUGGUAUUAGUCAUUUAUCUGUUAUGCAGAAUUUAAUGAACACUUAUUGGUUAGCUAAGAAUCUUAUUGCAACAAGUAAAAUUACUGAUCUUGCUUUAUUAACUGAAUACCAAAUUAAAAGUAAUCUUAAAAAAUCAUAUAUUUUUAAAGAAAGUUAUGCUUUUAAUUAUCCAUUAUUAGAAUCAUUAGAAAGUAGUUAUUCUAAUACUCAUGCAGCUCAAGAAUUUAUUAAUGCAAUUGGAAGAGUUAUUGAAGAAGCUAUUUGUCAAGAAAUUCAAGAAUCUCCUAAACUAAUGAAACAUCUGUAA